GCUGCUGCCGCUCGCCCGAGCUCAGUUGGAACGCCGGGGUUGUGCUUUUAAAGGCGCUAGCUGGUGCGCUCUGGGACUUGAUUGCAGCUGCUUCUGAGCUUGCUCCCGCGCAUUCGGCAUCCGUAUCACCUCACCAGUAUGUCUCAGGCUGAAUUUGACAAAGCCGCUGAGGAGGUGAAGCGCCUCAAGACUCAGCCAACUGAUGAAGAGAUGCUGUUCAUCUACAGUCACUUCAAACAAGCUACUGUGGGCGAUGUAAACACAGAUCGGCCGGGGCUCUUGGACCUCAAGGGCAAAGCCAAGUGGGACUCGUGGAACAAGCUGAAAGGGACUCCCAAGGAAAGUGCCAUGAAGACGUAUGUGGAAAAGGUGGAAGAGCUAAAGAAGAAAUACGGAAUAUAAAUCACCAGAUUUGGUGGCCAGCCACACGUGUGACCUGUGAGGACAUAAUGCCUUGGUUUUUUUCUAAUGUAGAUGAUAUGGCUGUGAUGCAUUAGGGCCAGCGUUAGCCUCUGCUCCUUCUCCCUCUGUAGUUUUUACCUACAAUCAAUUAAAAGUACAUUUGUUACUCUG